UGGGCCGGGCUGGGGUCGGGAAGGGAGUUUGAGUGGCCGUGUGGACGCUGUGCGCGGGACUGGGGCUGCCCGCCUCCUUCUUCCGCGUGCCCUAUAGCCCCGUCACUCUACGUCCCCUCCCGCAGGCUUCCCCAUGGAGACUGCUGCCGCCGCCGCCCCCCCUGGCCCCACGGCUGGCCCCUUCUCCCCGCUGUUCCCCCCGGGGCUCCAUGGCAUAUAUGGCGAAUGCCGGCGACUGUACCCAGAGCAGCCCAACCCCUUGCAAGUCACCGCCAUCCUCAAAUACUGGUUAGGUGGACCUGAUCCUCUGGACUAUGUCAGCAUGUACAGGAACUUGGGGAGCCCAGGCCUAAAUGUUCCUGAGCACUGGCACUAUGUGAGCUUUGGAUUAAGUGAUUUGUAUGGCGACAACAGAGUACACGAGUUUACUGGGUCCGAUGGGCCAAGUGGUUUUGGAUUUGAACUGACAUUUCGACUCAAGCGUGAAACAGGGGAAUCUGCACCACCUACAUGGCCCGCAGAGUUAAUGCAAGGCUUAGCUAGAUAUGUUUUCCAAUCAGAAAAUACAUUUUGUAGUGGUGACCAUGUUUCGUGGCAUAGUCCAUUGGACAGCAGUGAAUCUAGGAUCCAGCAUAUGCUGUUAACUGAAGAUCCACAAAUGCAGCCAGUUCAGACGCCAUUUGGGAUUGUUACUUUCCUCCAGAUUGUUGGAGUCUGCACAGAAGAGCUUCAUGCGGCACAGCAGUGGAAUGGACAGGGUAUAUUGGAGCUUCUUCGGACUGUUCCUGUAGCAGGAGGCCCAUGGUUAAUAACAGACAUGCGGCGUGGAGAGACAAUAUUUGAAAUUGAUCCACACUUGCAACAGGACAGAGUUGAUAAAGGAAUUGAGACAGACGGCUCAAACUUGAGUGGUGUCAGUGCCAAAUGCGCCUGGGAUGACCUUAGCCGGCCUCCAGAGGAUGAUGAAGAUAGUAGAAGUAUCUGUAUUGGCACACAUCCCCGACGACUGUCUGGGAAAGAUACCGAACAAAUCCGAGAGACUCUGAGAAGGGGUCUUGAGAUCACCAGCAAGCCUGUUUUGCCACCAAUUAAUACUCAGAGACAGAAUGGACUGAACAACGAUAGAGCACCGAGUCGCAAGGACAGUUUAGAAAGCGAGAGCUCAGGAACAAUUAUCCCUCAUGAGUUGAUUCGUACAAGGCAGCUCGAGAGCGUGCACCUGAAAUUCAACCAGGAAUCGGGAGCAUUAAUUCCACUGUGUUUAAGGGGCAGAUUAUUGCAUGGACGGCACUUUACCUACAAAAGUAUUACAGGGGAUACAGCAAUUACUUUUGUAUCAACGGGAGUUGAAGGGGCCUUUGCUACAGAAGAGCAUCCCUAUGCAGCACACGGACCAUGGCUACAAAUCCUGCUGACUGAAGAAUUUGUGGAAAGAAUGCUAGAAGACCUAGAAGAUCUGAAUUCUCCAGAGGAAUUCAAACUUCCAAAGGAGUAUAGUUGGCCUGAAAAGAAACUGAAAGUCUCCAUCUUGCCUGAUGCUGUUUUUGACAACCCACUCCAUUAAAGAUAACUGACACCCACAAGCAACAGCUUACUGUAUGCUGCCCAGUGACACAUGGGAUAAUUAAAGCAGUGAAAGCUCUUCCUACAAAUAAGAGAAUGUUGCUCCAUAACCACUGCUAGCCGAGGGGGAGUUACUCAACAGCAGAGUCCAGCCAGAACUGAACUGUGCUGGUACAUGGCAUUCUCCUUUUCAUCACGGCUGAACUCUGAACACCCUGCGUACAAAUGAGUAUAUAAGAGGAGAGAAGUAUUUAACUAUGAAUAGUAGUGAUAUUUUUUAGCUGGCUCCAGAACACCCUGCUGCCUUAGCUCGGGGUUUUUGUGCCUCAUCUACCUUUAGCCACACAUUUUUCAGGUGCGAACACACUGUCCACUGGUGUAGAUGUGUUUUCCGCAACUCAAUAUCCAUUUUUAUCCAGGAAUCUCCUGAACAGAAUUCUUUAUUCACUGAGAAUUCUUAUUGCUUCGUAAACGAUAUUGCAUUUCGCACAUGCAUUUGAGUUGAAAAAAUACUGCAGUGGAACUUGGUAUGCUUUCAACUACGGAAAACGGUCUCUGUAGUUAUGUCUGAGGUGUUAUCUGUCACAUUACUGCAAACAAAGGUUCUUGUAUUCUGUGCUUAUAUGUGAAUUCUGAAGAAAGCGUUGUCCUCUGCAUUAGACCAAAUUGGAGGACAUGAAAUGUUCUUCUUUUAAAAGUGCCAAAUGUUCUCCUGUUUUUAAAAGUCAUUGAACAUUUCUCUUGGUAGAUUUGACUGUCCUGCUGCUUCCUGCUUCUCUGCUUGUUCUACUUCUCUUGAUGAUGUUGGUUAAUCUGCUGUGAUAUCACAGAAGUAGUUUCCUAGCUGGACCCAAGUAAAUGAGUGCUUAAAGGUAUUUUAGAGUCUGAACUGAGACCUGUGAGCAUCUUGCUUGAAAUUAGCAUACUUGUUGACUUUGCCUGGAGAAAACAACUAAUGGCUCAGAUGUUGGGAGCAUUAUUAGGGAAGAAUGCCAAGCAGUCCAAAACUGUAUGUUUCCUGGGAAACAUGUUCAACUGUAUUCAGUAGUGGUUAUUCUUAGGUACAUGUGGAAGAGAUUCAUAACAUUAAGCCUUUAUCAGUUGGCCUUGGACAAAGGGCCCCCCAAAGGUUCUCUUUACCAAUAAGGUGAAAAUGAAAUUUUAUGAGGUACCUUGAAUACUCCUGAACCAUGGUAGAAAGCCCAAAGGCUUUCAUACAUAAUGUGUAGAUGGCUUCUUGAAUUGAUUUGCAGUCUUGGUAUAGGGCAGUUCUUCUGAUAAUGCAUCCUCCCUGAAAUUUGUGAUAAAGUUCCACCAAGCUUUUCAGUCUUGCUGCAGAAACAUAAGAAAUUAUCCAUGAAUUAAGAGAUAUCUGGACUCCUAUUGCUUUGCCUUACAUCAUCAGCCUUGACAAUGGAAAGCUUUCCAUGGAUUAUGCAUUCAUGCUGAAGUUGUAGUUUUUCCUUUUUCACUCACAUAUUUGGGGAGAGAGAUGUUUUAUUUUAAUGGUUCAGAUUAUCCUCAAAUGUACACACAAACAGAGCUAUUGCCUAGUUUGGGGACCACUACUUCAUUGUUUCUAGAAUACAAACCUUGCAAUUGUGUCUAAAGGCAGCUGGACUAAACUUCCUAAAGAAGAAAGAACCACUUCCUUAAUUCCUUAACCUAACCCUGCAAACAGACAAAAAGACAGCGAGGACAGGAAUAGAUCCAAGCAAGGGAUUCAUUUUGGAAAAGGAAUUGGAGUGAUUUUUUUAAAAAAAGAAAGAAAACUUAAUGGAAAUUGACUAUCAUUCCAAAUAGUUUGUUUUCAUGGCAAGCUGAUCUUGUUUUCUGUGGAAAUGGUGUCCUGAGAGGGAAAUAGUGAAGGAAAAAAUUCUGUGCUGGCAUUCCGGGUCAAAAGCUAUGAGUCAAAAUGGCAGCUUUGCUGACUCUGCUUUUAAAAACUGUGGGCCUGUUCCCAACUAAGCGUUUAGUUGUCCUACUCUGAAGCAAACACUCUGGAAAAAGAGUUGCAUUGGCCAAAACAAGGAUGGUUUUAAAAAAACAGAGUUAAAAAGCAUUAGAAUUCAUUCUCCUGUAAAGAACCAUGUGGUUGACAGAUGAUAAUUUUGGAGCAGAGAAAGGCUAAUAUAUGGCCUUUGAGCAUUAUGUAACUGAAGGGAUUGCUGUGCCCACAAGUUCCCUUGGCAAAUUCUACAAUCCUCAUUUUUUAUUUAAAGUGAAGCAAGGAAUGGGAUGGGAUGGUACUCUAGUAUGUUUGAUAGAUGUUACAUGGAAAGAAGGGCUGGACAUCACUUAUUUAGAUUGUUAGGUUUUGGAAGCUGAUGAGGCUGUUGUGGUGUAGUGAGCCCAAUCCAGAUUCUGUGUUGAUACAAGCAGGAGUGUUGUAGUGUUCAAGAAGGACAGCGUGCCAUAAUAGAAUCUCACAGAGAUACCUUUUUAAAAAACCCUUAGCAUUCACUUGUAAUGCUGUCACUUGCAUGUUAUUGCCAGAUAUUGUGCAUAUUUUCUUUUGUGAGAGCCAAGUCAAAGUGGUCUCUUUGACUUAGCUCUCACAGACAACAGCUAAGGUAAACCUGCUUCUUGAUUAUGCCACUUCAAACUGAAUUCUCACACAACUGCAUGCAGCUGCAUACCCACCCCAAUUUUGAUAUACUAAACUUAUGAAGAAACAUGGGGUAGAAUUCUGCUCCCUGGCAACUGCCUGCCUGCCUGUGUGUGGGAGGAACAUUUAGUCAUGUGAAUCCCAUAGAAUUAUUUGCAAAGUCUGUGCAACCAGAACUUGCAAGUCUGAGGAUAGUCUUCGAAAUCUUGUGCUCUAUGAUGAUAUAAUCACUCCAGUGAGUCCUUGCACAGCUACAUGUUUGCAUUCAUGCCUCUGUGUGGUUGAGCCUUCUAUCACCUCUUUCUGUUGAUGGUGUAGAGACCUGAGAGGUUUUCUGUUCAAGGAAUGAAAUAUGUGACAUCUGAGGCCAAAUUCCUUUUCCUUCCAAAGGGAAGUACAUGGAAUACUAUUUAAUGUUUUGUAACUUUAUUACAGAAUUUUUGUGGAUGUAUUGAGAAAGUUGAGAAUGUUAUGUUCUGCCAUAACAUAUUUAAUGUUUAGUCCUGCAUGAGUAUUAUUUUGUGAGAAAAAAUAAUUGACCUUGCAGUUUCUUUAUUUAAACUUGAAAAAUGAUUGUUUGGUAUGACUUGCAGAAAGAGCAUUCAGAUUUCAUAUCUGCCAGAAACUACCCACAAAUUAUGUCUUGGCAAAUCAAAGGUAAAGUGCCCCGAUGGAUGUUUGUUUAAUCAGUAACAGUUUAUGGCAGUUUUUGCUGGGAGCUCUUGCUAACUCCCCAGAAGACUCAAUGGAAAUGAGCUGGGUCUCUCCAAUUGACUGCAUAUCUGUUUUUUUUUUAUGCACAAACACUUAGACAUUGUAGAUAGUUGUGCUGACCAUUCGUUUUCCCAAGAGUUGGAAGGAAGAGUUUGCUUAGCACUCUUGCUCUCCGCCUACUAGUCACUGAAGUGGUUUACAGGAAACUAGAACUCUAUCCGCUCUUCGUUGGUUUGCACCUGCUUCUUAAUCCCUCCAGCACCUGGAGCUGUAAACACCCUUCCUACGUUGCUGCUACAAUUAUUAACUUUCAGUGCAGCUGUUGCACCAGUCAUGUGCCAGGACAGUAAAAAACUAGCCUCUAAAGUAACUGGUAACAAAAGGCAGUUGCAGAAUGUUUACUAUCUAGUUUGAGGCAGACAAUAAUAGAAUAUAAAUUGAAGAAGCAGUAAAAGUUUGUGUGAGAAUGCUGGUGAGGAGAAGUGCAAGAUGUUAGUAAAUAGAGGCUUAAUCUAGCAGCUGGUGUUUGGACCAAAGUGUGACUGUGCUCAAGAUCUGGACUCCAGCAAAGUCAUUCCAUACAAAGAGAUCUGGGCACAUUCCUCUAUAUCCCACUGUGGCACUGGAAUUCAGGAAGAAUUUAGAUGUACAUCAAAACUAGAACAGCUCUCAGUUAGGGAAAAUAAGUUCUUCCAAUUUGAAGCAGAAAGGACUAGUCAGAGCACUGGUAAGCUGGGUGUCCAUGGUAUCAUAAAGCUCUCUUUGUCAGCAGUCCCACCAACAAGUGGCUGAAGGGUUGGGUGAUUUAUCUUUUAAUCAAGUACCUCAGAAUUGUUUAGUGGCAUAAUUAGACAAAUAGCAUUUUAAACCAAUGGAAAAGGUAGACUACAUGCUAGAAAGAUAGUGAGAGAGGCCCAACAAGCAAGUCAUGUGCGUUCCUAACAGAAGCAGGAACUUGUGUCAUUUGUCGACUCCUGUUCUUAUUUGUGGCCCUCUGCGCGCUCAGAUAUUUUCUUCCGAUAUGUGAGUUUAAACCUAGUCUCUGUUCACUGAGUUGAUGUUCUGUAUACUUUUGGCAAACCUCUGCAGCAUGUUUUCGGGUUAACCCCCACCCAACCACCCAUGCCCACACACACACUUUGUUUUGCAGACCUAGAAUUAGAAGGCCUCUACCUUCCACAUCAAAGCGUAGGGAUCACAUCUGUAGUGAUGCCAGUGAGGCCCAAGAGUGCUGCAGGGAUUGCUCCACCUCUUCCACUCUCUUCUUCCAACAACAGGAAGAAGGCUGUACAUGGCUUUUUAAAAAAAACUCCUUUAUACAUGCUCUGUAAGCGUAAAAGCACAGGAAGUAAGGGUCAGGGGGCAAAUGUAUUUUCAGAAAUAUGUUUAAUAACUUGUGGCAAAAAUGUGUUAAUGUUUAACUUUGCUCUUUCCCAUUUACCACCAUUGCAAUUUUAAGAGAAAGUGAUAAUAGUUUUGUUUGUUAAUAAUCCUGCCUUAUUGUGGUGUUUCCUUUCCCACCUUUGCUUGUUUUAUCUCUUUCAAAUCCUGCUUUGGCAGGUAUCCAAAAUGUCGAAAGGAAAAUGAGCCUGUAGCAGACGCAGGUUUUAAAAGGAUCCUUAGGCUGACCUGUCUCUCCAGCAAUUAACCUAUGGGCAUUAUGCACUUUGCUGCUGCUUCAUUUCAGAUGUGAUUCUUUUGCUUCUCAAAUUGCGUACGGACCAUGAAAUCAUAAUAAGUGGCGCAUUAGCUGUGUAGUAUCAUUCCAGGGCUGUCAUAAAGGUGCAUCUUUCCUAUUUUCAGCCAGCUGGCUAAUAAUAAGGUUGGAGAGGUGUUUUGAAAAAACCUUUUCCACCUCUCUGCUUGAUGAGUCUCUGCUGAAAUCUGAAAUCUCUGAUAGCAAAAUAACAUCAUUAUCAAUAACUGUGUGUGGAGUAAGUUUGCGGAAUACCAUCAAAUGCCUUUUAAUUUCAGAAAAUGGAUUUUUUU